AUGGGAAAGAAGCAGAACGAGAUCCAGAAAACAGGGCUAGGUCGUGCCCUCGUGAGGCAGCACAACCACAUGAUCCAACAGAGCAAGGAAAAGUCCUGCUUCUACCGCAAGAAGGUUCUCGAAUCCUACACCGAAGUCUCCGACAUCGAUGCCAUCAUCGAGCAAUCCAACGAACCCCUCCCCGCCGCCUCCACCACCCUCAUAAGCCUGGACUCUGCCUCCGUUCCCAUCGAAGCGACGCCGGAAGAAACGAGGAAGCAGCAGAAGCGAGAGGAGGCGCUCCACGCCGCCAGCCUCCGAGUCCCCCGCCGCCCGCCAUGGAACCCCCACAUGUCCACCGACGAGCUUCAUGACAGCGAAACACAGGCUUUUCUGAUUUGGCGUCGCAGCUUAGCGAGGCUUGAGGAGAAUAAGAAGCUUGUACUUACUCCGUUUGAGAAGAAUCUUGACAUUUGGAGACAGCUCUGGCGGGUUGUUGAGCGAAGUGAUCUGUUAUUGGGACUGAAAUUAGUGAAGAUAUGGGCGUGGUUCUCCUUUUGA